UCAUUUGUGAAUUCACUAUUUGCUACUUUAUGAAAUGAAUUCAAUCUAAUUAAAUUCAUUUUCAGCCAACCUUAGAUGUAUCUUUGAAUCAGUGCUACUGAUGAUGCUAACAUUCAGUCCUGUCAUGGGAAAUCCAACGACCCCAUUGCCAUGGGCAGACCCAUGUGGAGAUAGCCUAGCUGCAGUGACUGAAGACCCAUGGGAUGGAGUUCCAACUCCUUCACCCGUGCCAAUAUCGGAAACAAUGAAGGUUCUAGGCAACCUAUCGGUUCGAGUUAAGGAUUCAACCCAGCAUAUGAUGUCCCUUUAUGUGUCAAAGAGAUUCAUGGACCCCACCUACCCAGAAAAUUUAGAAGGAUUUAAUCUUGCUGGAAUGCCCAAUGUCAUCACUUCUGCCGAGAAUAUUGCAUUCUAUUCUUCAAAACCGGUGAGUGAAUCUCUAGUAGAUGCCUACCGUAACCUCUCACUUGCGGCCGUACAUAUGGAACAAGUCCGCCUGGAUGAAAUCACAAAGGAGUAUGGAGAGUUCAAGACGGAAGUCGAGACCAUCGAGAAAAAAUUAUACAGCCUGAUGUGUAACAUCGACUUAGAGCUGAGACACCAAGAAGUUGUCCUAGGCAGACACGUGACGAGAGAUGUGAUGUCAGUCGAGUACAG